CGCCGGCGCUCUCUCACGUCCAAUGCGCGCCGCAUCUUCUACACAGUCACUAGUGCAACGAGCGUCAGCCGGAGAAGCGUUAGUUGGAGGGAAAAGACGAAGAAGAAGCUUAGCUGAAGGCGCUGCGCAUUCGAUCGGUAUCUCCGAUUGGGCGGGUGCCACCGCACGAGAGAUCGUCCGAGGCUCGUUGAAGCCUUUAACUGCUCGUUAUCGCUGGGAGGAGAGCUGACGCUGACGGAUAACGAGGCAUCGUCAUGUUCCUAGGCGCCUCACCAGAGCAGCUGACGCUGCUGCUGGUCUGUCUGCUAGCGGCGGGUGUGCUAGCCGAUCUUCCGCCAGGCACCAGACGUAGCAACACCUAUCUGCCACCCGAGCCAAGCAAACCCGGCUACGAUUACAAUAAGCCACCUGGGGGUGGCUUCCCGACUGGACCGCCAGCGAGGCCACCGCCGAAUUUCCCAACUGGACCGCCGGCCAGACCACCACCGACCUUCCCAACUGGACCGCCAUCGAGACCACCACCAAGACCCAGCAGGCCGCCGUCGCCACCCGGUGGCGGAUAUCCUGCGCCUGGGCCUAGGCCUACACCUGGAUUUCCUGAUUACAGCGGCUCCCCUAGUGGGCACGGCGAUGAUCACGUCCACGAGCCAGGUAUGCCGUUCGAUUUCAACUACGCGGUUAAGGAAGCCGCUUACGGCAACGACUACUCGCACAAUGCGAUAAGCGACGGCGAUGUGACGAGAGGCGAGUAUCGGGUGAUAUUGCCCGACGGCCGUACUCAAAUUGUCAGCUACACGGCUGAUUGGAAACACGGCUUCACCGCCAAGGUUACAUACGAGGGUACGCCACGCUUCGGUGGCCCAGGUGCUGGACCUGGUGGUGCAUUCCAGGGUUACUAGAAAGAAACCAUUUUUUUUGUAGCUUUGUAAUGGGAGAGCGUGAUAUUACUUUUUAGAGCACUGAAGAUUAGGCUUACGAGUGCAGAACUACAAAAAAGAAAAAUGAAAUUACUAAAUCGAGUACUAAUAUGUUUGAUGGUUGUGUAAAGAAACGAGUUUUUUUAUAAUGUAGAAAAGAAAUCAAGUAUAUACUUUUAUAUUUUAUAUAAUUUAUAGAGAUCAGUUGACAUCAUACAUACCUAUAAAUAGUUGUUUAGCAAUGUUCAUGUACAAAUAUACUUUAUAAUACGCAGUGUUUUUCUUUGUUAUGAAUAUUUACAACCGCUGAAAAUUUUUAUAGUUGAUUCUAGAUGAUAUAUAUUUCAAAAUAUUUCUA